UUGAAAACUGGCCUUGGAAGAACAGGUUGGAACGUGUCGUGUCUACAUUUCUCCAAACGUUAACAGAAUCAAACAGAGACCAGAACAGACAACAGAAACCGAAAAACCAGAAAAGGAGAAAGAAAUGGCAUCUCUCGUAACCCAUUUGUGUGCCAGUCUUUUCCUUCUCCCUAUUGGCCUACGACGUCUCUUCUGCUCCUCUUCUCUUUACCUCAAGAACACAUCUCUUUUUAGAUCCAAAACAUGGUGUCUUCUUAGAAGGUUUGAUGAAGAGGGUAUGCUUAUCAGGAAGGAGUUAGGAACCGAAACUUUAACAAGUAACAAAAACAAGAAUUGUGUGAAACCGGAGUGCAUAUCUGCUGGCAGUAGAUUCAAGUCUACUAUCCAGAGAAAUAAUGUUUCAACUGUUAAUCUUUUCUGUGUACACGGUUCGGCAAAACAAGGAAAAUAUACAAGUGGCUUGGUUGCUGGACUUUCAGAAGAACAAUGUCAGUGCAGAAAAUUUCUAUUAUGAGCAAGGGAAUACCAAAAGAGACAAACCCUCCGUUGGUGCUUAAAUCUUCUAAAGGUUCUCCUCUCAGUUCUGGCGGAG